AUGUCAUCCAUGACUUGCGAAUACACCGUCCCAGCGAAGAAACGGGGGCCACCAUUUCGAGCUCAAAGAUCGGAUCAGACCACAGCUCAAACGAAAUACAACCGGCCGAGUGGCAAAGAGUCUAUUUCAGGAAAUUCUCAAGUUAUAGACUCCUUUGUUGCCAGUCUAUCAAACGACAAUCAACCUCUCAAUAGCCCUACCCAACAGAGGAAUUCCGCUCAUGCUCCAUUCGACGCAGCCAUUGGCGAACUUCUCUCAGCUCUGGGGAAAGCUCUGCCAUAUGUCCCACUAGAAGACGUCCUAUCUUCCUGCAUUGAUCUUUACAUGCAGUGGGAGUUCCCGACCAGCCCCAUCAUUUGCGAACCAAUAGUUCGGCAAAUGAUGCAUGCUGUGGUUCCAAUUCUCCGGAGGGAAAUUUCGCUAACCAGCGACCCGGCAACGAGCCACUCCAACCCAGACAUUCCAACCAUCCGGGCCUUUGCGCUCCUUACGGCCCUCUGCGCAGUGGUCUCCUCUACUCUGCCAGUCGAGAUAUUUCCCGGUGGCGCAGCACUCGCGAUGCCGUUCCUCAGAACGUCGCGAGAGGCUCUUCGACUGUAUCAAGACUAUGACAUUGAGCACCCAGAGUCGAGCUCAAUCGUCAUCCGUUACUUCCACUCCAAUGCCUUACAUGCCCUCGGAAAGACCAGUGUGUCGUGGCAUGCGAUGGGAGAGGCACUACGACUCGUGCAGGAGAUGCGAUUGUAUGACGAGGAAUCUUUUCGAAACCUCGAGUGGCCCGAGGCUCAGUUGAGAAGAAACACCUUUUGGCAUCUCUACAUUGGGGACAAGUCCGCCUCAAUUCUGAACAAAGUCCCCAUCUCGCUUCAUCAGAUCUGUUUCGACACUCCCAUCACUACUAUAUUCGAGGAAACUGAGGAUUACAAACUCAUUCAGGCUAGCCCGGAACCCGACACUGCAGAUUUUGAGCACCGUUUGCGUCUGGGUUUCAACUUGUGCUUCCAACUUUGGUAUACGGCUUCUGAAAUGCUCGUCGACUUGAACUUCCUAUCACGACUACAUGGUAAAACUGGAUCGCUGCGCUCGGUCACCUCGAACGAUGCAUCAGACUUGGAGAAAUCUACCAUGCAAUUAUACUUCGACUUCACCAGUAUUCUCCGCAACUGUCCACCCUGGGUUCGUGAUCCCAAAAUUGCAGUCUCGGGAACACCCAGCGAGGCUACGGCUCAGUUUCGAAUCAGGGCAAUGUCAAUUCAGAAAGCCAACUUAUUUGUCACCUUUCAUACACUGCGACUAGUCCUUGUCAAUCGCUUCUUCGAACGCGGCUUCAUCGAGAUUCUAGGGCUAACAGACGAUCCAGUGAUGCUUGCCAUGCGCAAAGUCGAGAUAGCGAGCGAUCUCUUGGAGGCAGUGUCAGACAUCCCCUUUGAAGCCUUGCAAGCCAACGGAGAACCUUGUGUUGAAAAGCUUCGACAAGUCGGUGUGGCUCUGCUCGAAAUCAUGCACAAUGUUAACAACGAGGCCAUAUCCACUCGUGCUGGAUCCCUCUUUAGCACGCUGUUGGACAUUCUAGCCCGGCUAAAUUCAAGAAUAUCAGACGAGCUCAACAAUGAUCGCGAGUCAUGA